AUGGGGGACUGGGGCAUGCCCAUCAGCUCGCUGAGUGAGGAGGUGGUGGCACAGCUCUGCGAGGUGCUGGAUAACGCUGGGCGGGGCUGGCGCCGGCUGGCCGAGGUGGCCGGGCUGGAGAAACGCUUCAAGUGCAGUGCAGAGGAGCUGGAGAUGUGCUCGCUGAAGGUGCUGGAGCCCCAGGGCAGCCCCACACAGUGCCUCCUGCAGCUCCUGGCUGAGCGUGACUGCAGCCUCAAGUACCUGCUGGGCUGCCUGGAGAGGAUGGGGCACAGGCAGGCCUGCCAGGUUCUCAGCAGUGCUGUCCAGGACAUGAUCCACAUCACAGUGCAGCCAGAGUCACAAGUAGUGACAGAGGGGACACGAGUGUCCUUGACCUGCUGGGCAAGUGGUCCACCCGGACUUGUGUACCAGUGGUUCUGUGGGAAGCAGGAGGUGCCUGGUGCCGCAGGCCCAGAGCUGGUGAUUGACACAGCCAUGCUGCUGGGCCAGCCUGAGUGGUACAUCUGCAGGGUGAGCUGCGGGGCCACCUUUGCCUUCUCCAGGUGGGCCCACAUCCAGGUGGAGAAGAGCAGCAGCCCCAUGUCAGGUGGCCAGUGGUUACUGCCCCACCAUGGCAGGGCUGCAGAUCCUGCGGCAGCCACAGCCGUGCCGCCUGCUGAAGGGGACACACUGGCACUGGAGUGCAGAGCCAUUGGCAACCCCCCCCCACAGUACCAGUGGUUCAGGAACCAGUGCCCUGUGGAGGGUGCACAGGCACCCCGGCUCCAGGUGAAGCUGGUGACAACAGCUGAGAGGGGCAGCUACUCCUGCCAUGUGUUUAACCUCUUCCACGAGGUGUGGAGCCGGGAAGUGGACGUGGAGAUUGGCCCACGGCUUUUUGCUUCUGGAGGCUCCUGGCAGGAGGGGGAUGGAGGCUCCCCAGAGUGCAGCAGCCUUGGCCAGCUGUAUGCCACCGACAAAGUGGCUCUGCUGAUUGGCAACAUGCACUACCUGCACCACAAGCAGCUGCGGGCCCCCAUGGUGGAUGUGCAUGCCCUCAGCACCCUGCUCCGCCAGCUCGAAUUCAAGGUGGUCUCCCUGCUGGACCUGCGCAAGGCUGAGAUGCAGAUGGCUGUCAACGAGUUCCUCCUGCUCCUCGACAAGGGAGUCUACGGUUUGCUCUACUACGCUGGGCAUGGUUAUGAGAAUUUUGGCAACAGCUUCAUGGUGCCCAUCGAUGCACCCAGCUCCUACACUUCUGCCCACUGCCUGUGUGUGCAGCAGGUGCUGCAGAGCAUGCAACGGCGCCACACCGGCCUCAACAUCUUCCUGCUUGACAUGUGCCGCAAGAGGAACCUCAACGAUGACGUCAUCCCACAGGUGGAGGCACUGCAGGUCACAGCCAAUAUCGUCUUCGGCUAUGCCACGUGUGCAGACGCCGAAGCUUAUGAGCUGAGCCAGGGCGAGCUCUCCAAUGGCAUCUUUGUCACUUUCCUCAAGCGCUGGCUGCUGGAGGAUGAGAAGAUUACAGUGCUGCUGGACAAGGUGGCUGAGGACAUGGGCACGCUGGAGAUCACACGGGGCCGGCAGGCACUGGAGCUCCGCAGCAACCUGUCAGAGAGACGAGCACUGACGGACCCCAUCCAGCCUCCAGGCCAGGAUGAGUCAUCCGCCAGGAACCUGCAGUGGGCCAAGGCUCAUGUACUGCCGCAGAGCCGGCACCUGCGCUUUGAGUGUGGUGUCUGUGUGCAGCUUGGCUUCGCUGCAGAGUUCUCCAACAUCCUCAUCAUCUACACUCGUGUGGUGGCCAUCCCCAGGGACAUCGCCAGGUGUGAGGCCAGGCUCACAGACAUGCCCCAGGAGCUGGAUGUGGACCUGAAGUGCACCAACAAGGAGAGUGCAGAGGAGGUGGGCAGCCCACUGGCACCCACCUGGAGCCUUGGCUGCUCCUCCUGCUGCCUCUACAGCCGGCUCUGUGGCUUGCAGAAACUGCGGCAGGAGCUGGCAUUCACCGUCUGCCUGCAGUAUCGCUACCAUGGCAUGGAUGACUUCAUGGAGGAGAGGCAGAAGGUGAAUGUGGGGAAGCCUCUCAUCGCCAAGCUCAAUCUGCAGCUGGCAGCCUCUUCAUCACCACCUGGCAGCCCUCUCUCUAUCUCUCCCCUGGGGAGCUGGGGGGCAACGAGUAGCUCCUGGGUCAACACUCCUGAGGAGAACCUGACCCCUGAGGUCCCCAGCUCCCACACGCUGUAG